AUGUGGGGUCAGGUCGGGCGUGCUGGCCCUUGGGAGCCGCGUCCUGGCCGCAGCAGCUGCCAGCCGCGAACCAUCGGAGACGGAAAGAGACGUGGUAACUACACCAACACGCUCCGAGAGCUGGCUCAGAUGCUGCCUGUUCCUCUGCAUACCAGCUACAAAAAGCUUACCAAGAAGGAAAUCCUGUUGCGCGUCCUCCGCUACAUUGAGCAUCUGCAGGCGAGCAUCAGCACUGCCAGGACCUUGCUCCAGCUCCGGCACGGGGAGAAAGAAGAAUUUGGAGCGGGCGCAUCCACAUGUGCGGAGAUGUCCGCCUGUCAGCGAGGGUGCGGAGACGGCACUCCGCCCGUCACCCCGCGGAGGAGGAGAGCCAAGCUCCUGAACGUUGGCAAGAAACCCCGCAAAGGAAAGCGAUCCCGCAGAUCAGAGCGGCGGGGGGUGAACAAGGAGACGCGUCGGAGCCUGAGCCUGGCGGAAUUGCCCUGGCAGCCUGGUCGGCGCACGGAGGCGGAUCUGCACGCGGCAGGCGAAGGGGCCGUGCUUUCUCCUGGUACGAAGCAGCUUCCAUUUCAGCUGGGGUCUUGCCGGCCCACAGGCAGCGCCUUCCUGGACAGGGCCGAAGGCGGCGUUCCCGGCUGUGCAGCAGAUUGGUGCGUAGGGUGUGACCGAGAUGAGAGCCAGGAGGAGGAUGACAUCUGCUCUGCCUGUGAGGCUCAGCUGAGUUACCGGGAGCAGCGUCGGUACGACGGGCCGGACCUUGCUCUGCUGGGGCAGGAGCUGGUGCAGUAUUAUUCCUGCGGGGAGGAAGAGGAGGAUGGGCUGGAUGCUGGUCCUUGGCUCUCAACCCAGUCCCCUGUGUGUCGUUCCCAUGAGAGCUUGCUCCUGUGCUCUUCCGGGAGCGGAGGCCAAAUCGGGGCUUGCUGGGCCAGCAAGGAUCUGGGCUUGAGCCCCUCGCUAUUCUCCUCUCCUGGACGGCUGCUUCCCGGGCACGUUCUGCAGGGGGGCCCAGAGGAGCUGUCCCAAGGUUUGUUUGAGGACGUGUGUCUGAGCCCAGACUCGGCUGGUUCCUCUGACAGCCUGGCUGGGACCCUGCUGAGAAAGACGCUUCCGGACACUCCGCUGAACGCCCGCAAUCUCUUCCAGUCCGCCUUCUCGCUGGACCAUUGCUACCUCUCCUACAGCGAGGCGAGUAAAACCGACUCCAGCCCCAGCUCGGGAGUGACGGAGUUCAUGGGGGUGUGGAGCGGGCAGCUCCUCCAGGAGGGUUCCAGCCCCAUGUCCUCCAGCGACGAGAACAGCGACAGCACCUGGAUCCCUUACAAGCGGACGAAGCCGCCGCCUGCUGCCGGCCGGAAGAGGAAGGAGGAGGAAGGCGGGCGGCAGCCGGAGGCCUCCAGCAAGUCCCGGUCCCCCUUGCAGCUGAAGAAGAAAUGCGUCAAUGGUUUCAUCAUGUUCUGCCGGCUGAACCGCAAGCAGUACAUCCGCGCCUGCCCGGGGAUGGCGUCCACAGCAGCUACCAGGGAGCUGGCACAGCUGUGGCGCACCAUGACGAAGCAGGAGCGGAGGCCGUACUGCGUCAAGGCCCGGCGGUUCAGCAGGCUGAACAACCGCAUUGUGAAGCAGGACUUCUCCAGCGGGGGAGAGGAGGAGGAGGAGAUGGAGGCUCCUAAGCCGUUUCAUCUGCUACUGGCCGAGAAAUCUCUCGGCUCCCGGGACCUGGGACCGCCAGCCCCGCCCCGCUCGCUCCAACACCCAGCCCUGGAGUCGGUGUGA